CUCCUGUCUCGCGAUGACUCAUGAGCGUCGGGCGUAGCGAGCUACAAGUUUCGUAGCGAGCCACAAGUUUCGUUCGCCCCGUCAGAAAGCCCAUGGAUCGUCGAUUAAUGGCGCGUUUGGUUGGGUAGCAACUGGGAUGCGAUAGAAGGCCGACGCUCACGCGAUUCCAGCUGACCACGGCCCGCUCCUUGUCAUCUUCCUCCACCACACCUAACCGUUUACGACCGAACUGAACAGGCCUGUUUUAGCUACAGGUGGAUCGAGUGCUUGCAUCAAUACGCGGAGACGCGGCGAAGUUUCUUGCGAAAAAGGCGACUUCCCCUUCCUCCCGUUUCUUGCAUCAAUAGACUUACGAUUCAGCCUCUGCCACUGUUUCCUCCCCCCCCUCCGCCUCCUCCGCCUCAUCCGCCUCCGCCUCAUCCGCCUCCGCCUCAUCCGCCUCCUCCUCCUCCUUCUCUCUCCUCACGCCGCGAGCAGCGCCAUGGGCUCGUCGCCGAUCGACGCGCUGCUGGCGUGGUUACAUCGUCUCGGGACUUCGCUUUCGCCGAGGCUGCAACACGUCGUGCACGCCAUUCGCACUCUCGAUCGCGCAACAACGAUGGGCGCAGUCGCGGGGUUUGCCCUCGCCAUUCUAAUCGCCUGGCGCUUCUCCCGCCCCCGCCCCGCCCGCUCCGGCCGCGCUCCGCACGCGCGCUCGCCUCCCCACCCGUCUUCCGCGCGCAAACGCGACGAGGCGGGGCCCUCCGGAACAGCAGGCGCGGGCGCGGGGGGAGGCGGCGGAAGCGGGGCGGGGGAGGUUGCGCGGGCUACAGGCGCGUCCGCGGCGAUCAGCCAGGCGCAGCAAAGAGGCGCGGGGAGAUCAGGCGCCGGGGAGGCGUACAGGGAGGCGGACGAUUUUGGAGGGUCGAGAGGUGGCUUGAGAAAGGAAUCGGCUCGGCAAGAAGAGGUGCCCCAGUCGCGUCUGGCGCACACAGUGAGGCAGCAGCUGAAUGGCGGCAAGAGAGUCACCAUUCAGAUGCUAGGCGUGGUGCUGAACCAGACAUCCCCAGAAGAGCUACAAACCGGAGCCUCCCUGCGUCCGGGAGCGGUGGAGAUAGUGAGCGAGGUGGCGAGGCUAGCGGAUGUGUACCUCAUGGCGCAAGUGCACAGUGACGAGAGCGAGGCCACCAUUCUCUCAGCACUGGAGGAAGCCAACCUCUUCUCCCUCCCAAAUGGUUCCCCAGGACCCAUCAACCGAGAAAAGGUGCUGUUCUGCGAGAAGGACGUGGGUGUGGCGUCCUUCGUGCGGCAGCUGGAGCCGGACUGGCACUUUGAGGCGUUUGAUUCAACUGUGGAGCAGCUCAAGCGUUUUGUGAAGUACAUUCUGCACAUCACCCCUGCAGCAACCGGUGUAGUGGCAGCUAACGUUGUCUCGGUGCCGUCCCUCGAGGCCUACUUCGGCUCCCCAUCCUCGUGAAUGGCGUGGGGCCUGCCUCUUGAGAGAGCAAAAUAUCAAACCAAGCGGCUGAACUCUGUGCGUGGCCAGGCGGGGCCUAGAGGCCAGAUUGCUUCGACCCUGGUCUGGUCACAACAUGACUCACUCCUGUCCUCGUGACUGGCUCCAGCUCUGGUCACUCACUCUCUACUAUGGUACCGUUUAAAAGCUGGAGCAGUUUUGCAGGCAUUCCGAGUCGACUCAAGAGGAGCGGUGUCUUGUUUUGUCUGUCUCUGUGCCUGCCUGCCUGCCAGCCCUUGCGGCCUACCUGCUUCAGUUCCCCCCCCCCCCAUCCCAUUGUCAUGUCUGGCAAAGUUUGCGAAUUCCCGAAGAAGUUUUGAGAGUUCUUUUGAGAGUUCUUGCAACACAACCCCAACCCUGCUCAUCCUCUGGACCAGCUGGGCCCUUGCUUGCUUGAUGCCUACUAGGGGAGAGUUCUAAAAAGCUAUGGUAUCAUCAAUGACAUCACCUCUGGUUGCCCACUUCACUGCCACCAUUUCAGAGCAGGAGCACUGUUAUGAUAAUCUCUGGAUUGAGUAAUGCAAUAGUGAGGU